CGCGCUUAAUUGCAGGCUGCGCGGGAGUUGCGAAUGACGAACGCGUAGUGAAAGAUCGAUCUAAUCGAUCUGAUUUAAUUCGAUAAAUACUGUUGUGAUUACGGUUAUAGUGCUGUUCGAAAAUUGUGAAAAAUAAUCAUGUUGACCGGGUGGCAGUUGUUAUUGUCAAAAUUUUUUAUUAUCCCACAACGAUGGGUAAUGGCCAUCAUGGGAUUUCUGGCGGUGGCGAACGCAUACACAAUGCGUGUCUGUCUGAAUAUAGCCAUCACACAGAUGGUCAGGCGGCAUGCACCUUCAUCGGCGUAUGAAGAUGGAUCCUGUCCUGCUGAAGUUGAGGAAGCUCUAUCCGAUGCUUCUGAAAUCAGUGGAUACAAUUGGGAUGAAGAGACUCAAGGCAUUAUUUUGAGCGCAUUCUACUACGGAUACAUAGUAACGCACUUACCCGGUGGAAUGUUAGCUGAGAGAUUUGGCGGGAAAUACUCGCUUGGGUUUGGAGUACUUAGUACAGCUAUUUUUACUCUACUCACACCAUGGACUGUGAAUAUAGGCGGCGCUACGGGCCUUAUUAUUUUACGAGUCUUGGAAGGACUCGGGGAGGGUACAACGUUCCCCGCAUUAAAUGCAAUGCUUGCGCGAUGGGCUCCAGUAUCUGAGAGAGGAAGAAUGGGUUCCCUUGUGUUUGGAGGAGCUCAAAUAGGAAAUAUUGCUGGAACAUAUUUCUCUGGAUUGGUCAUUAAAGAGACUGGUGACUGGGAGUCUGUAUUCUAUCUCUUCGGCAGUAUUGGAAUAUUGUGGUUCAUUUUAUGGGCUCUACUUUGUUACAAUGACCCUGAAUCUCAUCCAUACAUAUCUGACAAAGAGAAGAAAUACCUGGAAGAAGCACUUGGUAGACAUCGUAAUAGCCAGCCUUCAGCUAUUCCGUGGAAAGCAAUUUUUAUGUCCGUUCCGCUAUGGGCUCUUGUGUGUGCACAGAUCGGCCACGAUUACGGCUAUUUCACAAUGGUCACGGACUUACCAAAAUAUAUGACCGGCGUCCUGAAAUUCGACAUUCACCGAACGGGAACGUUGGCUGCUUUACCUUAUAUUGUGAUGUGGAUAAGCUCAAUCAUAUUCGGCUGGCUGUGUGAUAAGAUUGUGAAGAGGCAAUGGAUGACUGUGACUAAUGCUAGGAAGACUUUUACGACAAUCGCGUCUGUCGGCCCCGGUAUCUGCAUGAUCCUAGCGUCAUACUCCGGCUGUAAUACUGAGGCAGUUGUCAUAUUAUUCACGGCUUCGAUGGGUCUUAUGGGGGCCUUUUAUCCAGGAAUGAAAGUGAACGCUCUCGACCUCAGCAGUAACUACGCUGGUACCAUAAUGGCCAUUGUGAAUGGUAUCGGAGCUAUUACAGGAAUUAUAGCGCCUUUCUUGGUUGGACUUUUGACACCUGAUAGCACUCUCGUACAAUGGCGUCUAGUAUUUUGGAUCACCCUAGCGGUAUUUAUCGUUACGAAUUUAGUAUUCGUGGCAUGGGCAUCCGGCGAUGAACAAUGGUGGAACAGCACACCCCAAGAAGCGAGAAAGCAGACGGAUGCCUCAGGGUCCGUUAAUACUGAAGUUAAAACUCAGGCGUAGGUUAAUUAGUUAUAGUGUCCAAAGAGUUCGGAAAACAAAUUAUCGUGAAAAUAUUAUACACAACAAUAUUAAUAAUUUUAUAUAAACAUUAUUGAAGUUUAAGUUAAGCUUUGAAUUCGUAUGAAACUUAAUAAAAAUCAUGCUAAAUAACAAUCAGAAAAAUAUAUACUAAAAAGUCUUGUUCACUGAGCUCUUUGGAAUAGAUAUAAUUAGUACAAAAUUAUUGUAAACAUUGAUUCUUUCUGAAUACCAAAACGUAAUUUUCACCAUACGUAAGCACCGUAUCUAAAACCAAUUACAAGUCAUAAAUACUAAUCGUCAAUUACGGCAGAUGUACUAUAGAAAACAACAACGACUGUUCAUUAGUAAAGAUAUUGGAACCAAGCGUUAGCGAGUGAUCGUUACGUUUUACGUACAACCCGUCAUCCAUACGUUUUGGAGUUCAGUAAGAAUCGACCGCCAGUGAUGUGAUAGUAAAUUAUGAUUAGAAAUUAAUAGGAAAUAUUGAAAUUGCAAAGCGAUUGUUACAUGUGAAAUUUGUUUUAAUAUAUAGGGGAUAUAAAACAAAAGUGGAACGAGUCAUUUCAUAUGAUUGUGAUUGUUCAAACGGGAACACGGAACGUCAUUAGAUUAGUGAAGUUGACCAAUCAAACAAAACGCGCUAUCGUCUUUUGUUUAAGACUUUCACUACCAGGGUUUCAUUCAUACAUAAACCAUCUUUUUUAUACUAUUUUAAAUCAGAAUUGUAGUUUUCAAAUUCUAUUAAUCAGUGUAAAAGGGCUGAUUCAGUUUAAUGAAUGAAGUUGUUGUUAUACCUUUAUACUUUAUGGGUUACUGUCGAAAAUUGUAAUAAAAAGUUGUUAUCAUUAAAUGUUAUGUAGUUUGAGGCUUGUUACUUUUAAAUAAUACUGAUACAUGGUAGACGUUUUCGUCUUUUAUAUAACUCGUAUUCCUCUCGCUACAUUGUAC